AUGGUUGACUCUCACUGGCCGCAGCGUUCAGGGCCUGCCAGCAGGGAGGGCGGACACAAAGCCCCCGAUUGUCGUCCACCUGCCCCCCUCCCGCCGGCCCGCAAGGACAGGAGGGCCGCAGCAUGCUUCACAGCUCCAUCCAGGACGUGCUGGAUCAUCUUGUCUGUUGCCUUGUUUUUUGCAGUUGUUGGCAUCAGCGUUGUGGGGGUUCUCAGCUUCUCCCCCAGCUCUGCCCAGGCUGGCUCUCAGCUCGUCCGGCUAACGCUCCAGGGCCAGCAAGACCCACUGAGGAACCAGACAGCCUUGGUGGACGAGUCCAGGAGCACCGUGACCUACUACAUAACCUCGCAGAGUAACUACACCGCCGUGGUGCUGGAUGACAGCAGAAAUGGCUAUGUGUGCUACAAACCCAUGGAGCAGCGUGCAUGCUACCUGAAGAGGAUGGACACCUGGGACCUCCAGACCCUGCAGACAUCUCUCAACACAUCUGAGCAGAGAGUUGAUCAGAUGCUACGUCAGAAUAACCAGACCAAGUACUACCGGGAGUUCCUGGGCAUUCUGGUGGGGGAACAAGUGGACCCCAAAAGCCUGGGGGAGGCUGUCCAGACCCUGUGUGAGCAGACAUCCAUCUUCUGGGUCAGGAGAGGGGAGGGUCCGGGGAAGCAGCGGCUGAUCUACCUUUGCAUUGACAUCUGUUUUCCAAGCAACGUUUGUGUGUCUAUCUGCUUCUAUUACCUCCCUGAGUAA